AUGAAUGAGGCGUCCAUCGAUCAGGUUAAUAAGCAAGUCAAUAAAAAGUAUGUUUACGGCUAUGAUUUAUACAGCGAGUCGGUGCGCAAGUACGAUCCUGUAAGCGAUCUCAGGACGGUAAAAAACGCAAUACUCAAUAAUAUACACGACUACUUGCUCCACUUGGGCGAAUUUGAGGCAACCGCCAGGCACAAAAUGAAGAUGAUAUUGGUACUCAUAUCUAUUCUUGUGGCUAUUUUGAUUACCUCUUUAUUAAUGUUUGGGAGAGAGUUUUUUAAGUCAUACCCUCGGAUAACAUACGCGCUGAUGGGAAUUUCUGGCCUUUUGUGUUUAUUUGCCUGUGUCUGUGGAUUUUUACAAGAUCCGGAUUGUGUGCUGUUUACAGUUGUUGGAUCUUCCGUUUGCGGGAGUGACACACGCCGGAAGGAUUAUCUACGUGCCUUGAGGGGGCGCCGACUCUGUGUUCGUGUCAAUGAGGUACCUAACUCGGCGAAGGUAAAGAUUGAGACCCAAUUGGUAGGACCCUCCCGUCUGUUUGCGGCUUCAUCAGUUUACUAUUCAGUCCCCAGAGAGGUUCCAUAUGGGAGGUAUUUUAGCAAGGAUGGCUUCUUUUAUCCACCACAUAUGGUGGAGGAUAUAGACAUGCUUUUGAGGUCUUUGAAUUCGACAUUGCUAAAGAAAAGGCAGUGA